UCCCAGAAAAUCGCCGAUAUCAAUAGGAAGCCCAAAUCGCCCACACAAAUGUUGGAUAACAUCAAUUUAUGCCUCACCACUUUGCACUCGUUGCACAUCCAAGGGAUAGAGGGAAUUUCCGCACAGGAAUUGAGGGAUGGCAAGUUGAAGGCUAUUUUGGCGCUCUUUUUCGCCCUCUCCCGACACAAACAGGCAACGAAAGCACGGCAGCAGCAGGAAAUGACUCCCAACCGAUCUUCGGCCAUACCGCACAAAGGAGGCGCAACCAGCUCUAUACCGUUGCCAGGAAGUGCUCUACCGGCUCGAAGAUGUCCUCCAGACAAAGUACGUCCGGUUGCUGGCUCUUCCAGAGCCACAAGUCCAGCUCUAAGUAUGAUUCCUCGUGCUCCUCCUACUUCCCAAAUCGCCAGUCCGUAUCAAUCCGGUCAAAAGGGCGCUGUGGCUCAAAAUGGUUCUAUGUUGGAUAAACUGAAGCUAUUUAAGAACAGUGAAAAGCCUUCCACUGGCACAAACGGCAAAAGAACCAGUUCCUCCAGUGGAGUUUCAUCUGCAAAGAGUGAGCGCAGCGACAGCAGCGCUUCCUUGGAUGCAAACGCCGAAUCCAAACCCGUAAAGAACAUUUCCAGGAUCAAGCAAACCACCAAACUCACCACUAAUCCCAAUGCCAAAAGCGCCUUUCAGAAAAACAGCCCCAACCCAGCGAAGAAAGAUGGGCUCAAAACCCAAUCCUCAUACCAAAACGGGGGGACAAAAAUAGCAACGGAAGUGGAAAAGCAUGCGAAUAAAGUGGCGGGUUUGCCUGGCAGUAAACUCACUGAGCCCAAAGUGAGGGUAUCAGCCCUCAAGGAAACCAAAGCCAUUGCCCAUCAAUCAGCUGGAAAUGGAACUGGAAUACCCAAGCCUACUUUAGCAGUCAAAGGAACCACCAAGCCUGUCUGUCCAUCAUCAAGCAUGUCCUCCCAAAAAGGCCCCCUAUCUCGGGAACCUUCGCAACAUUCCAUCUGCAGUCCCAAGCCUGCAGUUGCAAUGGUUUCCCCAAUGAAAGCCGAGGUUCCAAAGGAACCUCCACCCAGCGCCUCCAGAGAAAACAGCCCACUGUCCAACCAAGUCCUCAAGGAUAGCCAGAACCACGUCAGCAAAGACACUCAACUCUCUGAGAGCAGCAAUAGUGCCUCCACAGGCCCUCAGAGCAACUCGAGCGAUGGUUCUGUUAUCUACAAGCCCUCAAGUGAGAGCAGCUGCUCAGAACAUGUCAGCAAUCCCAUUCCCAACAGAAAGGAGCCGUUGCAGUAUCUAUCAGAUGCAGCCUCAGAACGCAAUCACAGUGUCCCGCAUCCUCCACUGGAGCCGCUCAGAGAAGCUCAGGAAACGGAAAGUCCCAUCAAAACCAAACCAUCGCCCACAAAAGAAAGAACAGUGGACAGCCCAAGACUGACAACGAUUCCAAACCAUAUCAGACAAACCAUAUCCAAAGUAGAGCCCAGCCAGGAGUCGCUGGAUAGAAUAGAGAAUAUCACGAUGAAACAUAUAAGAGAACAGAGCAGUCUGAGCCAGCCUGAUAGUUUUAAAGCCAAUCACAAUGGCCAAUCAGUGGAUGAGGAUGACUUCAAUCUGAACCACCAUCGCCUAAUGGCCUUUAAUAUGGAUGUACCUGAUAAUAUUAAGGAGGGAGCUGGGGAUAAUUUGAGUAUUGAGCCGAUGAGGCCUCUAUUAAGGGGCUAUUGCAGCACGUUUACUUUAGCGGGACGACAGAGGAGUCCGUAUGGUCGGGGUUCCGGAGAAGGCGAUUAUUGUGAUAUCUCCUUAGCAAACGGAUAUUUAUCUGAGGGCGAGUUGUUAAGGGGAACAAACCCGAUAGAUAUUUCCGAUGGGUAUCUAUCAGAAGGCGGUUCCGUUCUCUAUGCACGGAGGUUGCAGAAUAUGGCUGCCCAAAAUGGGUCCGGCCUCACCGUGUUAACGGAACAAUCGUCGCGAAGGGGUGGGUCCUCCCGUGACUCGCCCCCUCCUCCUCCAGCACCAAGAGGUUCCUCCAAGUCCCAACGCAAUGGAGGUGUAGCACCUGGAUCGGAUUCCAAACACUCAAGCGCCAACGGCCACCAUUGGAAGAGAUACGGAGAUUCUCCAGGAGUGGGCAGUCCGCCUCCACCAGCACCAGGAAGCCCCACAUCCAACCGCAGGGAGAAGAGCGAGCGAAGAAGCAGCCCGCAUGGCAAAGAAAAAUCCGGCAGCAGCAAGGGAGUUCGUGGAGUGCCGCAGAGCUUCGGCUACGUGAAGCGCAAUGCUACGAACAACGGCAACGGAACCCCCAAUGGGACUGGGCCUCCUGUUCAAGUUAUACAAAAUCACAAUGGAAAAACCGCUGCAGUGUCGGCCGUCCCUCGAACCAAAGUCAAAGUAUCCGGCGGCACCCAGACGUGCUCCAGCGACUUGCAGCAAUCAAAUAAAGCUUCGCCUCCGCAAUUUAAGUCCUACUCGCUCACUGGCAAUACGGCCAACCAGCUCUCUCAAUCAGUGAGGGAGAGGCUGAUGAUGGGCUCACAGAGCCUACCAAAAGGGGGCGUCCACCAGGAGUUCGGGCUCGUGAUGAGGCAAAUGCGACCAAAGGCCAGCGACGGCUCGCUUAGUGAUACUCAGGCAAUAGAAAAUUGCAGCCCUUAUGCACCUUGGCUGCGGCAUAGCAAUACGUACUCGGUCGCUCCACGGCUUUCCGAAACGGACAGCAUGGAGAGCCUCACCAGUCUUCCAGGUCACAGAAGUAGCCUUACACAUGCGCGCCUUUUAAGAGAUUCACCUUCGAGGUUGAGCAGGAGUAAUAGCAUAAGAUCGACCAAAUCGGAAAAGCUCUACCCCUCCAUGUUGCACCGGAAUACCGAACCGGAAACGGAGCCUUAUUACUGCUUACCAAUAGGGAGUUUGUCGCAUUGGUCGCAACCUACCAGUCCCGCGCCUGGGAAUGCUCGGACUUUUCCCUUAAGCCCCACGCAUGGAGGCACUCCAAGGCAUAGUAUCCCGAAAAACGAUGAACUCCACGGCUCCUCAAUCAGUUUGGUGUCAACGGCCUCCAGCCUCUACUCAUCAGCUGAGGAGAAACAAGCUCACGAAAUCCGGAAACUCAGAAGGGAACUGGGGGAGGCUCAGGAAAAAGUGCACACUUUAACUUCACAGCUGAGCACAAAUGCUCAUGUGGUGGCAGCUUUCGAGCAGAGCCUCACCUCAAUGACUCAAAGACUUCAACAUUUAACUGCAACUUCAGAAAAAAAGGAGAGCGAACUGCAAGAACUGAGACAGGCAAUGGAUGCCCUGCGGGCCCAGUCCAUACAAGCAGGCAUUGGAUCCAGCUUAGCGCGACAACCCAGCUCAGAUAGCGUUUCCAGUCUAUCAUCCGCCUGCUCCUUAGACAAGCAGGACAAGAAGAAGAAAAAGGGCUGGCUAAGGAGCAGUUUCACCAAAGCCUUUUCCCGAAACGCCAAAGUUACCAAAGUUCAAUCCAGUCACAGUGAGGGCGAGAGCGAGAGGCAGCACAGCCCGCCACCUCCAGCCCCCAUCGACCAUGGACAGGAGGUGGCCGAGCUGCAGAAGCAAUUGCGAGAAAAAGACUUGGUGCUGACCGACAUCAGGCUGGAGGCUCUGAGUUCAGCCCACCAGUUGGAGAGCUUGAAGGACACUGUGAUGAAAAUGCGAAGCGAAAUGCUCAGUCUGAAGCAGAACAAUGAGAGGCUCCAGCGGAUGAUGAGCGGCGCAAACACGAUGCCCUGCACUGAGCUUACAGCGGAGGCUCGAUCUAAUUCGUCCCUGGAUGCACUGAGCGACUUAAUCCCGACUGAUGAGCCAGCGCCUGAAGCUGAGAGCGACGGCAAGAGGAUAGCGAUAUCCGUCUAUCUAGGACAGCCGCAUAGCUUUGAGAGAUACUAUGCAGAACACUACGGAUACGAUGGCAAAGGAACAAACAACACUAGCACUGAAAUAGCUGUCGCCUACACAAAUAUCGGCGCCUCCACGUCAUGGGCGCAGCUGGACAAUGCGGUAAGAAGGGCCUUUAAACAGUAUGUGGCUCGUCUGGAUCCGGGAGGCGGAUUAGGGCUGGGCAGUGAUUCCAUCGCCAGCUACAAGCUGGGAGAAUCUGAGCGAAAACCCGACACUGGACCCCCCGAUUUGCUGCCUGUGGGCUAUGCAGUUGGCCGAGUGGCUACCGUCCAUGUGGUGUUGCAACCAGUGGCAGCCUUAGCCUUCGAAGCCUUGAUCCCGAAAGGAGUGGCCCAAAGGCUGGUCUCUUUACUGGCAGAACAUCGAAGGCUGGUGUUGUGUGGCGCCCCAGGCACUGGAAAGACUCAUCUAGCCACUCGGCUGGCAGAGUUUCACGCGCAAAGUUUAGGCAGAGAUCCGCAAGAGGCUGUGGCCACUUUCAACGUGGACAACAAAUCGGCUAAAGAACUGCGGCAGUACCUGCAGCACUUGUCCGAGCAGGCGGCUUCAGGCGACAACAGCGUUCUUCCCUGCGUGGUGGUGCUGGAUAAUUUGCACAAAGCCGGCCCUCUAGCUGAUGCCCUAGGCAGCUUACCCAGGAACUUACCAUGUCUUCUAGGGACGAUGGCGCAAAGUGCCUGCUCUGCCACUAGUCUGCAGUUGCAACAUGGGUUCAGAUGGGUCUUAGUGGCCCCACACAUGGAACCAGCUCGAGGCCUCUUAGGGCGAGUGCUCAGAAGACGCUUGGCCGCGCUGGAACUAGAGCAAGGCCCUCAGCCAGAACUAGCAGCCAUUCUGGGAUGGUUGCCCAGAGUUUGGCAGCACCUGAACGCCUUCUUAGAGACGCACAGUAGCGGAGACGUGGCCAUCGGCCCCCGGCUCUUCUUAAGUUGUCCGCUGGAGUUGGAUGCCGCACGAGCAUGGUUUGCAGACGUUUGGAACUACUCGCUUGCGCCAUACUUGCGUGAGGCGGCCCGCGAAGGGUUGCAACUGUAUGGGCGACGUGCGUCCUGGAACGAUCCAGCCCAAUUUAUUCUGGACACUUAUCCUUGGCCGGGGGCUCCUCCUCAAGGCCUGACCACCAUUUCUGCGAAAGAUGUGGGCCUGGAAUCAAACGCUAAUGCUCAAGCUGAAAGCGACGGCGAUCCGCUGCUGAACAUGCUGAUGAGGCUGCAAGAGGCUGCCAACUAUUCCAGCCCCCAUUCGAACGAUUCGGAUUGCAAUAGUUUGGACUCGAACGUAACGCACAGUUCGAAUGCGGGCACGGAAAGCGUUUCAUAAUAAGUUGAAAAGGCUAAGAAGUAUGUGCGUGUUUGGCAAUUUUGUUCCUAAAUAAUUCACAGGUUUUUUAUGCAUUCAAGGAUAUAAAAAGCCUUUUGAAUUAUCUACCCACUAAAUACCAACGCAGUUUGAUUCAAAAGCCAGUAGCUCCUUGAUCUAUCGCCUUGAAAAUACCUUAAUAAUCUUUUUUUCGAUUUAUUCUUACUGCCCAGGCAAGGAAACUCGGGUGUUUAUUGGAUAUAAAUUCAAACUUUGAGUUAAACGAAACAAAAGUGUAGGGCGUGUUGACGUGAGCAAUACACCUUUUGAGCAAGUUACGAAAUAUGUUUUUGCGCCAAGACAAUUAUUCUAUUUUCUUCUUCUACAAUGCUUCUUUUUAUCGACCUUUUCAAAUAAAAAUCCCAACAACUGACGAUAGAUCUGGGAUCUGCUUUCAUUUUGUACAGUUUAGUCAAGUCAAGGCGCACUAUUGCAAAUUCACUUGCUCUUUUCCUUAACUGAUCUGUACAAAACUAGUCUAAGCUUGAAACCAUAAUGACUUUGGAUUUUAGAUUUCUCUCGAAAAAUAUGCCCAUCAAAACCUGCAUUAUUUUGAAUGAAGCACUAUAUUUUAGGAGAGACCUCUACUUUCACUAAGUUCACUCAUUCGAUAUGCAAACGCAAAACGUAGACACAUUUUAAACACCAUGACAAAACUCCACUGUUAAAAAAACACUACGACUAUACAGAAAAUUUUUACAGUCGCAGUUUUUUACUUCGCCUGUUUCCAGCUUAAUAUAGGCGAAACAAAAAACUAUAAAAGUGCUAUAUUUUGAGAAAUAUACAUAUUAAGUAUUGUGAAUAGAACAGCUUUUUAUACGCAGUUUUCGUGCAAUUUUUGAAUAUACAUAUACCAAGGA